UCUGGAGGGUGGAAGUGUGAGGCGACUGAACACUGUUGGCUAUCACGCAGCUCCCAGAGCGUGGGAGAGCGGCUGCUCCGGCCCCGCCGGACUCGGAACGGGAGCGUCAGAUUCCCGGGUCUCCCGCCAGGUCAGAGGCCCGUCUUGGGGAGACAGCCUGGAAGCCACAGUCCAGCCGGGAGCCUCCACUGACUCGGAGCCCGACAGACGCCCGGCAGCAGCUGUCCGGAGAGAGCGUGCUGCGCCCGGCGUCCGGUUUCUGCCCUCGUCCCCCAUGGCCUUUACGGUGCUGAAUGGACUCUUGCUUAAGGACCUGAGCCAGCCGGUGCUGCUGCAGCAGGUGGGCAAGACUCCCCAGCUGGACAGCUUCAGCUACCAGAGCCGCUUCAUGCACGACGUCUUUGCCCAUUUCCCGGAGGUCUUGUUCAUCCACCGGACCUACAACCCCCGGGGCAAGGUGCUUUAUACCUUCCUCGUGGACGGGCCCCGGGUGCAGCUGGAGGGCCGCCUGGCCCGGGCCGUCUACUUUGCUAUCCCCACCCGGGAGGAUGCCGAAGGCCUGGCUCAGGUGUUCCAGGUGUUCAAGACGUUUAACCCAGCCUGGGAGAGGGUGUGCACCAUCCUGGUGGAUCCCCACUUCCUCCCACUGCCCACCCUGGCCAUGGAGUUCCCCACAGCCGAGAUCCUGCUCUCGGCCUUCCACGUUUGCAAGUUCCUGCAGGGCAAGUUCUACCAGCUGUCCCUGGAGCGGCCGGUGGAGAAGCUGCUCCUGACUUCCCUGCAGAGCACCAUGUGCGCAGCCACAGCCGGCAACCUGAGGAAGCUCUACGCCCUCCUGAGCACCUGCGUGCCACCCGCCCGGCUGCCCGAGCUCCACCCUCACUGGCUGCUCAAUGACCGCAUCUGGCUGGCCCACCGCUGGCGGAGCCGGGCCGAGAGCAGCCGCUACUUCCAGGGCCUCGAGGUCACCACCCGCGUCCUCAGCCAGUCCUUCGGCACCACCGCGUCCGAGAAACAAGGCAUGGCCUCUUUGUUCCGCUACAUGCAGAACUCCGAAAACAAGGCAGGCCUCCACCUGGGCCUGGGCCCCCAGGACAGCGGUGCCCCCUCGGACGCUAGCUCGCAGAGCCCCAAAGUGGAGCAGCUGGUCGAAGCCCGCAUCCAGCACUCCCUGAACACCAUCUGCACGGGGCCAGCGGCCCAGCUCUGCCUGGGCGAGCUUGCCGUGGUCCAGAAGUCCAUGCACCUCAUCGGCUCCGGCUCGGAGAAGAUGAACAUACAGAUCCUGGAGGACACUCACAGGGUGCAGCCCCAGCCGCCAGCCAGCUGCAGCUGCUACUUCAACCAGGCCUUCCACCUGCCCUGCCGCCACAUCCUCGCCGUGCUCAGCGCCCGCCGCCAGGUGCUGCAGCCGGACAUGCUGCCGGCUCAGUGGGCAGCGGGCUGCGCCACCAGCCUCGGCAGCAUCCUGGGCAGCAAGUGGAGCGAGACCCUGGACAAGCACCUGGCCGUGACCCUCCUCACCGAGGAGGUGGGGCGGCUCCUACAGCAGUGCAGCAAGGAGGAGUUCGAGCUGCGGUACAGCACCCUGCGGGAACUGGCCGACAGCUGGAUCGGGCCCUACGAGCAGGUGCAGCUCUGACCGCCCUCGGCGCCCAGGGCCGGCUCCGGCACGUGUGCACACUCACAGCGACCCCCCUGCGCACACCGUUGGACUUUUCACGAGCCCUGCUUCCAGAAUAAGGAGGACAAGGCUCUUGGGUGUCUAGCUCCGUGAGACAGAAUCCACAAGUCUUUUCUGCCCAGGGCCCCACAGUACAUAUUUGAGACCUUGCUGGCCACAUCCCAAACCAGAGCACCUGUGUGUUCUUGGUUUGGUUUGGACAACCAAAAAACAGCCUUAGUUCAAGGAUCUUAACAGAUCCAGGUGAGCCCAGGUCUGAGAUAAGAGAGGGAAAAAAAAAAAACAAUGAGGCCGUAAGAUUGAGGGCUGGGCUUGCUGGCGCUGCCGCGGUCAUGAGACAUCAUCUGCCCCGUGUCCCCUAAGUGAGGUGGCCAAGAGCCCUCCCACAGAGGAAGAGGCCCUUCAGGGAGGGUGGCUCGGCUGGGCUCCCAGCAUUUUUGCCCCUGCCCUACGCUGGGGUCCGUAAAGGUGAAUGUUGCAUAUUGCACCACUUGUCCAGUGUUUUGUUUUGUAGAAGCCAGGUUAGAGUAAUGCCAGGGGAAAGAAAAAAGUCCGGGGAGUGACCGCACACGUGAAUCAUGGUUCUUUCCCAGCCUCAUUUCUGAGGCCGCCUUCUGCUUUUACGGGCUCUGGAAACUUUGGCCAGGUCCCCUCGCUAGGCCUCAGUUUGUUUAUCUCAGGAAACGGGUCCCCACAGAGCGUGUAAGAUGAGAUCAGACCCCACUUGACCCGCAGCCCCAGCCAGAGCACCUGGGCUUUCAGGCCUCGGCUCCCAUUCUGAGCUCAGCUUUCUACUCUCACACACCUUGGGGGGCAGCAGGGAGUGGCCCAAGUACUUGGGAACCUGGCACCCAUAUUGGAGGCCUGGAUUGAGUUCCAGGCUCCAGGCUUCUGCCUGGCCCGUUACUGACUGUUGUGGGCAUCUGGGGAAUGAUGGGAGAGCUCUGUCUCGGUGUGUCUGCCUCACAAGUAAAUAAAAAUAUAUAAUGGGCUGAACACCCAGUGGGUGCACAA